CCCAACACAGACCUACAAGAACACUAAAUCUAAACAAAAAUCAAAAUGUUCAAAUUGGUGGUGUUGUCUGCUCUUUUGGCCGUAGCCGCAGCUAAACCCAGUUAUCUUCACGGAGCUGCUCUCUCAUACGCCGCACCAGCUAUUGCAGCUCCAGCUUAUGCAGUUCCAUCAGCAGUCAGUUAUCAAGCUAGAACCGACGUUGUCAGCAAACCAAUUGUAGCAACCGCUUAUGCAGCUGCUCCAGUUGUUGCUCAUGCCGCUCCCGUUGUUGCUGCAGCUCCAGUUGUUGCUGCCGCUCCAGCUGUCUCAAUCCCAACCGCGGUUAGUUAUCAAGCUAGAACCGACGUCGUCAGCAAACCAAUUGUAGCUACCACUUAUGCCGCUGCCGCCCCAGUUGUUGCUGCUUACGGAGGUUAUGGUAGUUAUGGAGGUUACGGAGCUUACGCUGCCCCAGUUGUGAAGUCUUAUGGUUAUGCUGCCCCCGCACUUGUUAAAUCAUACGGCCAUUAUUGCACGAAUUUCCACCAUUCGGCAUCAGUCCAUCGACUCAACCUUUACAACACAGACCUACCCGAGCUAAAUCUUCAAUUCAAGAUGUUCAAAUUGGUGGUGUUGUUCGCUCUCUUGGCCAUCGUUGCCGCCAAACCUGGUUAUUACGGAGCCGCCGUCGCUUAUACAGCCCCGGCAGUUGCCGUCCCUUCAGCAGUCAGUUAUCAAGCUAGAACAGAUGUCAUCAGCAAACCGGUUGUAGCCACCACGUAUGCUGCUCACGCUCCAGUUGUCGCCGCUUAUUCCGCUCCUUAUACUUAUGGAUAUGGAUACGCUGCCGCUCCAGCUGUGUCGAAGUAUUAUGGGGGAUAUGGAUACGCUGCACCACUUCACUACUAUUAAGAAUGGUUAAGAGAGGGAAAAUGAUGAUGAUUUGGAUU